AGCCUAGACUUAACUCAGGCCUUUAAAAAAGUAGAGAAGGCCUCAUUCAUAGGUUGGCAAGGCCUAGGCCGCCUGCCUACCUAAGGCUAAGACCUUCUCUUCUUUCUACUUCAUUUAUUAGCAGGAAUCAAACGUCUGGAUGUAUUUCCAAGAAAAAAUAUCUUUGAAUAAUGUUUGGUACAUCUACAUCUGGAUUUGGGAGUGGCGGUAGCUCAUUGUUUGCUUCAUCAGCAGCAGCCGGCAACCACAAUCCAAUGAAAGACAUUGAAGUGACCACUCCACCCGAUGACAGCAUCAGUGUCAUUAAAUUUAGCCCGCCGACCAUUCCCAACACAUUCUUAAUUGCAGGUUCAUGGGAUAAUAAUGUUCGUUGUUGGGAGAUACAACAGACUACUGGACAGACAGUACCAAAGGCUCAGCAGACACAUGCAGGACCUGUACUUGAUGUUGCUUGGCAUGAUGAUGGCACAAAAGUGUUUACAGCUUCUUGUGACAAAACAGCAAAAAUGUGGGAUCUUGGAAGUAACCAAGCAAUUCAAGUUGCACAGCAUGAUGCACCUAUCAAGUCCAUCCACUGGAUCAAAGCUCCACAGUACACCUGCGUCAUGACAGGUAGCUGGGAUAAAACACUUAAGUUUUGGGAUACAAGAACGCCUCAGCCAAUAAUGACCCUUCAACUUCCAGAACGGUGCUACUGUGCUGAUGUAGUUUUCCCAAUGGCUGUGGUUGGUACAGCAGGGAGACAUAUCUUGAUUUAUCAGUUGGACAACCAACCUGCUGAGUUCAAGCGAAUGGAAUCACCUCUCAAAUAUCAGCAUCGUUGCGUAUCAAUAUUUAAAGACAUGAAGAAAAACACACCUGUUGGCUUUGCACUGGGAAGCAUUGAAGGCCGAGUUGCCAUCCAGUUUGUCCAAGCUGCAAAUCCGAAAAAUAAUUUUACAUUUAAAUGUCAUCGUAGCAAUGGAUCAGCUUCAUAUCAGGAUAUUUAUGCGGUGAAUUCCAUUGCUUUCCAUCCGGAGCAUGGCACUCUGGCAACAGCAGGGUCUGAUGGAAUGUUCAGUUUCUGGGAUAAAGAUGCACGCACCAAACUGAAGACAUCAGAUCAAAUGCUUCAACCAAUCAUAAGCUGUGACUUUAAUGCUCAGGGUAACAUAUUUGGUUAUGCUGUAGGCUAUGAUUGGUCAAAGGGACAUGACUUUUAUGACAGUAAGAAAAAGAACUGCAUCUUCCUGCGAGGGAAUGCAACAGAUGAACUACGACCAAGAAACAGGAAAAAAUAGAUUCCAAUAAUUUUUUGUACUUUUUUUGUUUAUAACAAAGGCUCAUUGUAAAUGUAAAUACUGCCCUCAUCUCUUUUGUGUCUCCUGUAUGUUAAUGAAUAAUCUUUAGUUUGUGUAAAUGGAAGAUGACGCAAACGACAGUAAUGAAUUUAGUAAACAGAAAAAGAAAGAAAACGAAACGUAUGAGAAAGUUCAGUGGCAACUAAAAUCAUUAUUCAUGCAAAAAUACGGGAAAACAUUUUUUCAUGGAGUAGCUUGAUGGAUCUUUUUUUUCCCCCAAUUUCAGUGUGUAUACUAUCGCCAUGUGGCUGAAAUAGUUUUCUACUGAACAAGUCACCAGUUUAUUAUAGAAUAACUAAAGAAUAAAGAAAUUAAUUAUUACUUUUUUCUGAACUAGGAGAUGUUAUAACAAUGGUAAGUGGGAACAUAGUCUCUGGAAUAUAGAAAAUCAAAUAUAAUACAGAUAUAAUUAAAUCCUCACCAAAUUUAUUGUUGUUGAUUUUCAUUUAACAAAUCACUAGAAUCAUAAUUUAUAUCAUUCAUUCAAUCCCAUAAACCCUGGCUGAGGUUGUUGGGGCCCUAAUGAUGAUGUCUUGACAAUCUCGCCACUGGUCACGGUCAUGCGCUACCUUCUGGGGGGGUCUGGCAUUAUUUAUGUAAGGUUGUAAAAAGAUGGUUGAAUAUAAUGUAAAAAUGUGUUGAAUAUCAUACAAAAAGAUAUAACUAAACUUGUUGUAGCUAGUGUGUGCCGAGUUCUGAAUAUUUGGACUGUUCUGCUAUGCCGAGCAUCUUGGAAAUAGUUGCGAAAGCUCCGCAUAACCACCACGUAAACGUACGUAAAACAUGCGUUUGUGGGCAACGUGUGUUUGUAGGACAAGCGCGUAUUCUGGCCUUGUUAUGAUUGGUCAGUUGUUAAAUUUAUUGAAAGUCCAGACUGGUCCAUUCUAUUGCUCUCCAUAUUUCAGCCGUUUCUGGAGAUAAGUUAAAUCCCGUAUUCGACUUGCAUGCUUUAAUGUGUCCACAUUAAUGAAUUAUUGCACUACUGGCGAAAUAAGUGAAUUAUUUUUAAGUUGAAUUUCCAUCAAAUAUUUAUCUCAAGUUAAUUCUGUUAACCUUCAAUGUCAGAUAUGUUUUUUUGAGGAUUUGUAUUAUUGAUAAUGUUCUGUUGACAUAAUUUGAAUUCCAAAAUUAAGAAUUAAUUUAUAUGACAUAACAUUAGUAAUUCUAGUAUGGAUAAGUUGAUAUCGGAAAUUGUUACUCAAUGUAAAUUAAAUGAUUAUUUCAACCCAUAAACUAAAUAAUAUCGCUGAUUAAGUAACAAUAAACUUGUAAAAAUUUGUAGAUCAUCACAAAUGUACAAAAGUAUUCAGAACAAUUAAUGAUUUGGAACCGUAACCUGCAUUAGAGAACAAUAGGGAAUUUUCGCAAGUUUAUGUAAACUAUAAUGAACACAGUUACGUCAUCAAAUUUUUAGACAACCAUUACCCUAUUAUAGUAGCAUAUGUCACAAAACGUAGGCGAUUCGUGCCUUUUGCUUGAAUCAAAGAUCAUAUUUAGCUGCUACAGCAUAUCGUCAGGAAUGUUUUAGGCACGAACGAACGACCAUAAUGAUAAAGACGUACUGUAUUCGUUAUCGUAUUCGUUAUCGUUUUCGUAAGGUUGCAAAAUCUCACUAAUAUAGAAUCUGGGACUAUUGGCUACACAGUGUAUCUACUUGCUACUGUAAAAUGUGGUUCCAGUGGCACAACCAUGCGCUAAUUAAAUAUUGUAUGAUUGUAUUCAUCUUCCUACCUUUUAAUAAAUGUACACAUAAAUUCAUCAUUGGCUUUCAUGCAGCGCCAGAUUUGUACUGUGCCUGCACUUACGGUAGGCACGACAUCACGUAUAUUGACGGUUAAUAUUUAGAAACUUGCAUAAUGGUGUUGAUAUCUCUAUUUUAUGCAUUUUCCCCACUUCUGUACUACUUCUGUACUUAUUAAUUAAUAUUAAAACACCAUUGAGGCUGUAUGUUCUGGCAAAUUGAUAAUUAUUGCUAACAAAUGUACAAAUAAAUAAAGGAGAUAAA